AUGGCGGUCCUGGAGGCGGAGCGCCCGGCCCAAGGAGAGAAAGGCGCGGCGAUGGGCAUGCACAAGGUGGAGGCCGUGGGCGAUCCCUGGCCUCUGGCAAUCCUCGCUUGCUUAGUGUGGCCGGCAAUUUGCACUGUGCCGCUGUCUUUGACGUUCGAGACGGCCUACAGAUAUGUUUUUCCAGCAUCUUGGUAUGAUGAGGCUCCCGUGAUCCCAGAGCUGGGGCCGUACGGCGUGGCGGAUCCACGGAGUAUCAAGCCCCUCGGGCUCGUCCUCGGACUCUUGGCCGUAGUUGUUGGCCAGUUCUUCAUGAUCUGCUACCACUUCCUGCGCCGUGGUUCCCGGCUCGGUGGCCUGAAGCGAGUCCAGCCGCAGGUGCGGGACUACGACUUUUCGGAAGGCCUGCAGACGCACCUCUCCAAUCCGGAAGGCUUCGUGCUCCUCGGUGGAUAUUUGAUAGGAACGUGGAUGCUUGGCUGGAUGCCCUCUUCAUACUAUUCUUUUGCGGGCGGCAUCAGCUGGAAACAUGUGGCUGCGCAGCUCCUCCUGCAGGACAUGAUCCAAUGCUUCAUGCACCUUGGUGAGCACAAAAUUUCCACUUGGGUCUACCAGAACUCGCACAAGCCGCACCACCGCUUUACGAAUCCACGUGUGUUCGAUGCCUUUGAUGGCAGCCUGGUCGACACCAUCUGCAUGAUUUUAAUCCCGUUGGUCCUCACCGCCCGAUUGGUCCCUGCCAAUGUAUGGUCGUAUAUGACGUUUGGGACACUCUACGCCAACUGGCUCGUGUUGAUCCACUCGGAGUUUGUGCAUCCCUGGGACACUCUCUUCAGGAAACUGGGCUUCGGAACGGCUGCAGACCACCAUGUGCACCACAAGCUCUUCAUCUACAACUACGGCCACCUGUUCAUGUAUUGGGACAAAGUCUUGGGCACCUACAGGGACCCGUGUAGCCUGGCGGGGAAGCAGUUCAACAAGGACCUUCGGUGA